CUCAACUCUGCUUUCCCCCAUCGCGUCCAGUAAAGUUAUAUCAGCUUUGAUUCGGCAGUGACGAAAGCAUAUUUUCUGCGACUAUGGCGGCGCCGGCAGGUGAAACAGUGGCCGUGGCCGAGGCGGCGGGCGGUGAUGGCCAGCCGCAGGAGCAGCGACGACAAGCUGGUGGGUUCGGGCAGACUAUGACCGGAAUCAUUAGAAUCGCCGUCUUCUGCUACUUUGCUUCCAAGUUCUUUUCCCCGAAACAAAAACCUGCGGAUCCUUCUCAGCCAUCUCAGCCUUCUCAUAUGAUGUCCAAUCUCUUUCAGAAGGGCGAGCCUUUGGAUAUGUGGUUGUAUCUUUCGGAGCAUGAUCAAUUUAAUGACUUUGGCAAUGAUGGUGCGCUUGUUUGGCACGAGACAAACAUUCCUUAUGUUGUGUGGAAGCCAGAGAGCACUAGGACCUUAUCAAUGAAGUAUUACCCAUCCGAGGCACUGAAGAAUAAUGGAAGUCUGUAUGCUCAUGUCUUCUUUGCUCGAUCUGGUUUUCCUAUAGAUCCUAGCGAUCCUGAAUAUCAACCUCUUAAUUGUUUUAGCAGAACACACCCGGUUGCGACUUACUUUCCAAAGCGAAAGGCAGACAAGAAGAAGAGUCUGUUGGGAAAUCCUAAGGACUCUGCUGAAUCCAAUGCCGAAGUUGAGACUUCGCAGGAGGUUGAUGUUCAUGACUCGGAUCUCAAGGAUGAGGGCCCUGUGGAAUGGAUAUCCUACUGGAAACCUAAUGUCACAAUUAACCUAGUCGAUGACUUUACUCGCUAUCCACAGCAUGGUGUACCACCAAACAUUGCUCCUUACAUGCAGGUAGAACCUACUACUGUAAACUACUACCCUACGGUUUUCUUCAAUGAGUUUUGGCUGCUGAGGGACAAGCUGAUUGCAAUCAAUGAGACAGUCUCAGAACUACCACUUAACCUGGAAGUAAGCCCCAUAAGCAUGACAAAGUGGCAGCUAUUUGAGCAGAUUGAUCAGUCUUUCCAAAUUCAUCGUAGCUAUGGAAGCAUGCUCGAUGGUGAAUCUGACGAACUAAAGAGGGUGUUUUUGGAAGGAAAUCCCUAUCUGUUGUGCGUCACAAUGUUUGUUUCGAUGCUGCAUUCUGUUUUUGACUUCCUUGCUUUCAAAAAUGAUAUCCAGUUUUGGAACAAGAACAAAUCUAUGGAAGGACUGUCUGCAAAGUCUGUUGUACUGAACUUUAUCUGUCAGUUCAUCAUCUUCCUCUACCUGCUUGACAACGACACUUCAUGGAUGAUACUUGCUAGUUCUGGAGUUGGUGUCUGCAUUGAGUUCUGGAAAAUAGGGAAAGCCAUGCGCAUAGAGGUUGAUCGAAGUGGAAUGAUUCCAAGAUUGAGGUUCCACGAUCGUGAAUCAUAUGCAAGCAACAAGACUAAGGAGUAUGAUGAUAUCGCCAUUAAAUUCUUAUCCUAUGUGCUUCUCCUUCUUGUCGCGGGCUUCUCCAUAUAUUCACUCGCCUAUGAACGCCACAAGAGCUGGUACUCGUGGAUCCUAUCUUCACUAACGAGCUGCGUCUACAUGUUUGGUUUCAUAAUGAUGUGCCCUCAAUUGUUCAUCAACUAUAAGCUCAAGUCAGUAGCACAUCUACCAUGGAGGCAAAUGACAUAUAAGUUCCUCAACACCAUCAUCGACGAUCUCUUUGCUUUUGUCAUCAAAAUGCCAAUGCUGCAUCGCCUUUCUGUCUUCCGUGAUGAUGUGAUAUUCUUGAUAUACUUGUACCAGAGAUGGGUUUAUCCUGUGGACAAAACACGUGUCAACGAGUUUGGUUUUGGAGGUGAGGAUGAGUCUGCGGAUACGGAGAAGAAGAUCACUGAGCAAGACAAGAAAACAAACUAAUAUAAGCUUUUCGGUUUUGUUUUUUCUAAACAACUUUAACUCUUUUUCUGUUCUGCUUUAGGAAGUUCCGUUAAUGCCAUAUAAAAUGUCCAAAAUAAAUUUUGUUUUAGGUUAUAUAUUAAGAUAAGUUAUAUUCUCUUUCAUUUUCGAUUUAUUGGACGUUUCACGUAAAAGUUGUGAGAAAUUCUGGAUAUGUUCUUGUAAUUAUGAAAUAUUGAGGAUGUUUUUUCAAUAUUGGAAUAUUAUGUUGACCGAUA